GUAAUACCUGUGUCAGUCUCCUUCAACACACACACAUGUGGACAACAGUGUAGAGGCGAUAUAUGACAUUAUUACACAUUGUUUUACCAUGAAGGCGAAGGGGAAUAAGAUGGAUGGUGAUAAUGAGGAGAUACGGCAGUUUAAGGCCAUGAAACACCGAGAACAUACGAGAUUUACUGAAGGUGAUCUAGAAGCAGUCUCUGAAACCCUCAAUAAACACGAUGAGAAAGGAAAAAAGAGGACGUAUGAACAGCAGACACAAGAGCCACAGAAAAAGACAGAUUGGAAAAAAUUGAAGGCUGAGAAGAAGGAGCUCAAGAUUAAGAGGAAGGAGAAGAGUCAAACUGGCGGCGAGACGUACAAGCUGGGCGUCGGUGCUAAAAAGAUUUGGGAAGAGCUCCGCCAGAGUAAAUGCCUGCCGGAGCGGCGGGUAGAACUGUGUAAACAGUUGAUGGCGAUGGUAAGUGGUAAUGUCAAGUCGCUUAUAUUUGCUCACGAUACUGUCCGAGUCAUUGAGACACUUUUAGCGGUAGGCGAUGAAAAAUGUCGUACAGUUCUAUUUGAGGAGCUGAAGGAAAGCUUGAUAGAACUCAGUAAAAAUAAAUACUCUCGGUUUUUUGUGCUCAAGUUUCUGAGAUAUGGCACCAGGGCAGAGAAAGAUCAUAUCAUUAAUUCUCUAAAGGGAAAAGUUGUCACAUUAAUGAAGAACAAGAUUGCCAGUGAUGUAGUAGAACUUGCUUAUAAUGACUAUGCCAAUGCAAAACAGCGAUCACUGAUGAUUCAAGAAUUCUUUGGGCCUCAGUUUCGUCUUUUUCACGAGGAAAACAUACAUUGUUUAGAUGAUGCUCUCAAGAAAUACCCAGAUAAAAAAGAGGCUAUAUUGAAAGACCUCCGUGACGCCCUGCAACCAAUUAUAGACAAAGGUGUGUUUACAAAUACGAUGGUGCACACGCUGUUACGAGACUUCUUGAUGUUCUGUUCGGUAGGAGAUCGCACUGCCGUGAUUGAAGCUUUAAAGGAGUCACUGGCACCAAUUAUACACAGUCGAGAUGGGGCUCGUGUAGCUAUGCUCUGCUUGUGGAAUGGCACAAACAAAGACCGGAAAGUUAUUUUAAAAUCAUUUAGAACUCACUUUGUUAAGAUAGCCACAGAGGAGCACGGGCAUAUGGUGUUACUGGCAGCAUUUGAUUGUGUUGAUGAUACUCAGUUCAUGAAAAAAGCAGUUUUAUCAGAACUGACGGAGGAGUUAGAUCAACUCGUUUCUUCUGAUUAUGGACUAAGAGUUUUGAGGUAUCUGAUAGCUCCUCGUAGUCCAACCUUCUUCCAGCCCAGUGUGAUUGCUGUAUUGUCUCAAGGAGAUGGUAAUGCCACUAGUAAGAAAGAUAAUGACAUUCGACAGCGAGAGUUACAGGCUGCUAUUAGUUUACCCAUCUUAAGACUGCUCAUGGAUAAUCUUAAAUACUGGGCCGUUAAUCCAAACUGGACGCUUUUCAUUGGAGCAGCGCUGCGAACCUUAUCCUCACCCGAAACUCAGACCAUCUUUAAGACGUUAGCAGACAUGUGUGCUGAACCAUAUGUUCCUGGCACAGAAGGUCAUGUUUUAGAAAUCGCUCAUACCACUAAAUUGAUCACAUAUGUUGUUAAAUGUGACAAAGAACGGCAUGAGAAUGACAAACCAAUCUUCAGUACUGUAUUACUAAAAUCAGCAGAAGAGGAGGCAGAAGGCUGGAUAAACUCCAACCGAGGAUGUUUCCUCCUUGUCAACAUGAUUGAAACCGAAGUACCUGAGAUUGUCUCCUGGGUAAAGAGAUUAAUUACACCUCAUAAAGACAAACUUGCCACAUUAAAAUUCAAAGGUGCUGAGAUACUUCUGAAGAAACUGUAAGAAUAUAUGCAAGUGAAUAUGUUUUGAUACUCCAUUGUGUCCAGUAAUGGUGUAGCUCGAGUAGUUUGACACCACUGUGCGAGGAAAAAAAUGGGAGGGCUCCAGUCUUGUGUGUUAACGAGGUGUUGCUACAUGACCAUAGAACUAGACAGAUAAUGGAGUCUUACUAAUAUGUCUUUAUUUUCUGGUGAACAUGUGAUGUACAUUCUCUUUAGAUUGUUAGAAACGUAAAUUUUUAUACUGAAAUCCUGGCUGACCUGUGGGUUUAGUUCCGACAAACCCUACGAUUUUGUUAUAAAUGUAUGGUGUUGUUUCUUAUAAGUUUAACUAGUGUAUUGGGUACUAAACAUUACAGUAGUACAGAGAAUCUGAGAAAAGAUAUAACCAUAUCUUCUCUUAUGUGUUGUACAAUCAAAGACAAAAGUCGGGUCGCGGUUUUGUCCGAAGAUUAAAUAUAACUUGAGAAACAUUAUGAGAGCCCUCCCACAAGGCAGAGCACACCAAAAGUUUUAACCCUUCAGCAUAUGUUUUCACCAAAUUACAAGACACGACUUUUGUCUUUCAUUGUACAUUAUUAGUAUUACAAUACAAAGAUAUUAGCCAAACUGUGUGUGUGCAGGUGUUUGGAAUUUCAGUUUUUGUAAUGUAAAUAAUGCUAGUAUUUUACAGCCAAACUUUGAUAAUAUACAUGCAGUUUGAACACUUUUUGAUCUGUAUAUUUCAUAUUUCAUGGACAGUACAGUACUGUAUGAGAAUAUUACAUUGUAUUUAAAGGUCUUUUCUCGUGUAUCAUACCACGUUAAUUUUGAUAAAAAUAUAAAGUAUUUUUGCUCCACAAUUCAAUAGUCCAUAGAAUUGUGGAUCACAAAUAGAAACCCCCUGGAUUGUGUAGAACCUACCGUGUAUAUUUUCAUGUUAGGGAAGGUCUUGUUAUAAGAGUUUAUGAAAGAUGAUGAUGGAGGAAUUUAUCCUUUUGAAGCAUUUUGUAAAUUAAUUAAAAAGGACCUAUACAAUAAAUUAAAUAAUUUGUU